AUGGUCUCCAGCUGGGAAGCAGUGACUUACAAAGACGUGCAUGUGAACUUCACUGCAGAAGAGUGGAAUUUGCUGGAUCCUUCCCAGAAGAAUCUCUACAAAGACGUGAUGCUUGAGACCUACUGGAACCUCACUGCUAUAGGCUAUAAUUUGGAAGGGCGUCAUACUGAAGAACAAUAUCAAACUUCUAGAAGUCAUGAAAGGCAUGAAAGAAGUCAUACUGGAGAGAAACCACAUGAAUUUAAUCAAUGUGGUAAAACCUUUUCAUGUCAAAGUCAUCUCCAUUCUCAUAAAAUUACACAUACUGGAGAGAAACAUUAUGAAUGUAAUCAAUGUGGUAAAGGCUUUACACAACAAAGUAAUCUCCGAAAACAUAAAAGAACACAUACUGGAGAGAAACCUCAUGAAUGUAAUCAAUGUGGUAAAGCCUUUUCAUGUCACAGUGGUCUCCGAUCUCAUAAAAGAACACAUACUGGAGAGAAACCUUAUGAAUGUAAUCAAUGUGGUAAAUCCUUUUCACAUCACAGUAGUCUUCAAAGACAUAAAAGAACACAUACUGGAGAGAAACCAUAUGAAUGUAAUCAAUGUGGCAAAGCCUUUUCAUGGCACAGUGAUCUCCAAUAUCAUAAAAGAACACAUACUGGAGAGAAACCUUAUGAAUGUAAUCAAUGUGGUAAAGCCUUUUCAUGUCACAGUCAUCUCCAAAUACAUAAAAGAACACAUACAGGAGAGAAACCUUAUGAAUGUAAUCAAUGUGGUAAAGGCUUUACACAACAAAGUAAUCUCCAAAUACAUAAAAGAACACAUACUGGAGAGAAACCUCAUGAAUGUAAUCAAUGUGGUAAAGCCUUUUCAGAUCACAGUAGUCUCAAAAAACAUAAGAGAACACAUACUGGAGAGAAACCUCAUGAAUGUAAUCAAUGUGGUAAAGCCUUUUCAGAUCACAGUAGUCUCCAAAGACAUAAAAGAACACAUACUGGAGAGAAACCUUAUGAAUGUAAUCAAUGUGGUAAAGCAUUUGCAAGGCCCAGUCAUCUUCGAUCUCAUAAAAGAACACAUACUGGAGAGAAACCUCAUGAAUGUAAUCAAUGUGGUAAAGCCUUUUCAGAUCACAGUAGUCUCCAAAGACAUAAAAGAACACAUACUGGAGAGAAACCUCAUGAAUGUAAUCAAUGUGGUAAAGCCUUUUCAUGUCACAGUGGUCUCCGAUAUCAUAAAAGAACACAUACUGGAGAGAAACCUUAUGAAUGUAAUCAAUGUGGUAAAGCCUUUUCAGAUCACAGUAGUCUCCAAAGACAUAAAAGAACACAUACUGGAGAGAAACCAUAUGAAUGUAAUCAAUGUGGCAAAGCCUUUUCAUGGCACAGUGAUCUCCAAUAUCAUAAAAGAACACAUACUGGAGAGAAACCUUAUGAAUGUAAUCAAUGUGGUAAAGCCUUUUCACAUCACAGUAGUCUCCAAAUACAUAAAAGAACACAUACAGGAGAGAAACCUUAUGAAUGUAAUCAAUGUGGUAAAGGCUUUACACAACAAAGUAAUCUCCAAAUACAUAAAAGAACACAUACUGGAGAGAAACCUCAUGAAUGUAAUCAAUGUGGUAAAGCCUUUUCAGAUCACAGUAGUCUCCAAAGACAUAAAAGAACACAUACUGGAGAGAAACCUUAUGAAUGUAAUCAAUGUGGUAAAGCAUUUGCAAGGCCCAGUCAUCUCCGAUCUCAUAAAAGAACACAUACUGAAGAGAAACCUUAUGAAUGUAAUCAAUGUGGUAAAGUCUUUACACAACAAAAUCAUCUCCAAAUCCAUAAAAGGACACAUACUGGAGAGAAACCAUAUGAAUGUAAUCAAUGUGGCAAAACCUUUUCAUGUCACAGUAAUCUCCAAAUACAUAAAAGAUCACAUGCCAGAGAG